GACACGAACGGAGAAAGAACAUCGCCGCCCGGAGGCCUUGGGGGGUUUCCGAGCCAUCCCGGCGAUUUUGGGGGGCUGCUGAGGACGUGCUUCGAACUUCUUGCUCCGGAAGGUGUUUUGAAAAGAACGGAAUGAGUCGGCAUCUCUGUGCCUGUUGCUGGUCUUUUUCAUAUUCCGAUUCCUGCACGGAGAGCUCGGCCCCCCCGGCGAAGGAGGCCUCCGACCCGCGUGCGGCACAAGGCGCCUCAGGAAAAGGCCGGAUCCCCGUAGCGGUUUCUCUUCUGCAAUCGGCGCGAUGAGCUCUUCUGUGGCCCCAUCCCAGCGGAUACCCAUCAUGAGCCCUUCGCUGCUGGUGCUGCUGCUGGCGGUGGCUGCCGCCGGGGUGGGAGCCGCCCCCAACGGGGACGAGGUCCGCUACCUGCCGGGGCUGGCCAAGCAGCCGGCCUUCCGGCACUACUCGGGCUACCUGCACGUCGACGGGGACAAGCACCUGCACUACUGGUUUGUGGAGGCCCAGUGCAACCCCUCCGACAACAAGCCGCUGGUGCUGUGGCUGAACGGGGGCCCCGGCUGCAGCUCUGUGACGGGCCUUCUGACGGAGCACGGCCCCUUCACGAUUCAGCCUGACGGCACCACCCUGGAAUACAAUGACUAUGCCUGGAAUAAGCUUGGCCACAUCCUCUACCUGGAGUCCCCCGUCGGGGUUGGCUACUCUUAUUCUGAUAGCGGUGACUACCAGACGAAUGACACAGAGGUGGCCCGUGUGAACUACCUGGCCUUGAAGCAGUUCUUGCAGCUCUUCCCCGAGUACAGCAAGAAGGACCUCUACCUCACGGGCGAGAGCUACGGCGGGAUCUACAUCCCCACGCUGGCCGAGUGGGUCAUGCAGGACCCCAGCCUGAAGUUGAAGGGGAUUGCGGUGGGCAACGGGCUCUCCUGCUACGAGACCAACGACAACUCUCUGGUCUACUUUGCGUACUACCACGGCCUCCUGGGGAGCAGGCUCUGGGCGAACCUGCAGACCUCCUGCUGUUCUGACGGGACGUGCAACUUCCACAACAACGCCAACCUCAACUGCACGCUUGCUAUGGAGGAGGUGAUCCACAUUGUGGACGAGUCGGGUCUGAACAUCUACAACCUCUACGCCUCCUGCGCUGGCGGAGUGCCUGGGAAGUUCAGGGAUCAGGACGGGAUGCUGGUGACCCACGACCUGGGCAACCACUUCAUCAGGCAGCCGCGUCGCUAUUCCUGGAGGCAGAACCUGCUCAGCCUGCCGGCUGCCAAGAAGAACAGUGUGCGGCUGGACCCCCCUUGCAUCAACACCACGGCCCCCUCCGCCUACAUGAACAACCUGCAGGUGCGCGAGGCCCUACACAUUGUGGAAGAUGCCCCCGAGUGGCAGAUGUGCAGCUUUGCGGUCAGCCGCGGCUACAAGCGCCUCUACACGAAGAUGAAUGAUCAGUACCUGAAGCUGCUCAGCGCCAUGAAAUACCGCAUCUUGGUGUACAACGGGGACAUCGACAUGGCCUGCAACUUCCUGGGGGACGAGUGGUUUGUGGACUCCUUGCGCCAGAAGGUGGAGGUGACCCGGCGGCCCUGGGUCUAUAGUGACGAGGACGGGCAAGACCAGAUUGGAGGCUUUGUGAAGGAGUUCACCAAUAUUGCCUUCCUGACGGUCAAGGGAGCAGGCCACAUGGUGCCCUCGGACCAGCCCCGCGCAGCCUUCAACAUGUUUGAGCGCUUCAUCACGCAGCAGCCCUACUAGAGCUGGGCCCGCCAGGCUGCCUCCCGCUUCCUCCUGUGCUGGGACCACAGACGGGCUUCCUGCAGCCCUGCACCUCCUGUUGCUGCCACCGCUGCUGCCGCCACCGCCCGCCCUCCUGCCCCCCCCCCAAAGAGUGGGGCAGCUGGAGGGGUGCACUGACUCUUGUCCAACUCCUCCUCCCCCCCCAGCCAUCCUGGGCUUCCACGCUGCUCUGAUCAGGGGGUGUCACGAAGGGCCCAACGUGCUCCCCUGCACGCCUGCACUGUUCACGGGUGGCGGCAGCCUGUCUCCUGCUCGGCCCUGAGGGGGGGCCCGUUCUCCGCCCUAGUUCUCAGUCGUGAUGAAGGAACCUGGGUCGUAAGUGGAAGGGAGGCCCGGCCCGGCCCGGCCCGGGCUUGUGGUCUCUCCAAGCCCCUCCGGGGCCUGCUCAUAAACUCUUUUCCUAGAGGAACUGGUGUCCAGGCUCUUCCUUGGCCCGGAGCCGCUCCUGCUGGGCUCUGCUGCUUCUCCUGCCGCCCCAGGUCCAGCUCGGCUGGCUACUGGCCUCCGCUUGCCCUUCUGCCUUCCCAGUGACCCUCCGGUGCUCCCCUCUGUGGUGUUGCUGGCAGGGGAGGCAGCCUGCUGCUGCUGCUGCUGCUGCUGCUGCCGCCAGCCCCACGGGAGAGUUGCCCCUUCCUCCCCCCCCUCCUAAUGGCCCCAGCCAGCCCCAUUGCAAAAAGGAGGAGAUGGUUCCAAGAAGGACCAGGCAAGCCACGGACUGGAACCUCCCUCAAAACCCGACAUGUAAGCAAAUGCAUGGAAAGAAAAGGAGACGGGUUGUUCCGACAAGCAGCAACACCAGCAAGGACCCACACGCAAGGCAGAGCCAAGCCCUGGGAGGAGUUUGCCGGAUAGCGACACGUUUGGAUACGUUCUCCUCCUACAGAUAAAUACAACGUAGGGGCUUGCUAGGACAAGCAAGUGGCCCGGCUGAGUCCUACGGUUCCCAAAGAGGAGCUGUGUGGCCCUGAAGAAUAAAGAGGGGUCCACUCCCUUGCUCUUGAAAGUCGUCAUUGAAUCAAGCCUUCAAGAACUCUGUCAUGGGGUGAACCCUUUGAUUUUGAGACCUUUUUCAUUUGGCUGAGGCACGCCAUCCCACACACCUUCCCUUCAGAACCGUAGACCCCGGGGGCUCUCCUUUGUCCUGGCAUCCACGUAUGUUUGUGUUAUCUGUUAGAAGUAUCGAAAUGAGUUGCUAUCCAGAAAACAGGUCACACGGGUAUCUUAUCUGUCACGGUUUGCAUUGUCUCUGUGUUGUAACAACUGGUGUCUUUCUUUCCA